AUGCGCGUAAUCCGUAUCGCUAAUGUAGAGCAUGUGCCGCUGGGACCCGCCGCGGCGGUGCCCGGUUGGACGGGCGGCGAAGUGCACCGCACCCGCCAACCCAUCAUCCCUGAAGGAGAGAGUGACUUUUUCAACGCCAGCGUGGUCAACUUUCAAACCGGCGCCCAGACGGGUUGGCACCGUCACAGCAGCGACCAAAUCCUGGUAAUCACCACCGGCAACGGAACAGUGGCCGACGAAACCCAGGAGAUUGAGGUCGGCGUUGGCGACGUGGUGCAGAUCAAGGCGGGUGAAAACCACUGGCACGGCGCCACCGCCAACGGCUACAUGGGCCACAUCACGAUCACGGCCAGCGACAGUACCGCCAGCCGAUAG